UUCAGUUUACGUUGAGUGAAAGUCAAAUUAUAGGACUGUCUAAUUAAACAUUUGUUUUUCCUGGUAUUUUUGUAAAUUGAUGGUUUUGUAGAACUAGAUUCCCCAAUCAAAAUUUACAUUUAAUGCAUGUAUCAUAAAAAUAAUGGAAGUAAAUUAUAAAUCGAAAUGGUAUUUAUCAACAAUAAUUUUGAUCCAAACCGCUGGAAUGCUGAAUACUCUGGAAUUAAAAAGGGGAAGUACUUUGUGUAAAUAUAACUUCUAUUUCGAUCACCAAUGGAUGGACUGUAUGGAGUGUCCAUGGGGAAGUUUCGGGUUGAAUUGUUCACAGCAAUGUAUAACAGGAUUUUAUGGCCGUCUUUGUGUGGUACCUUGCGGAUGUAAUGCACAACACUGUCAUCCUGUCAAUGGAUGUCAGACCAAUGUAAAUUUAAAAGAACAAGUAUCCACAGAUGUGCCAGUGUCAAGCUGGUUGGAGACCUCUACGGAUAUUUCAACACUGAAAAUUGUAAGACAAUCAGAGCCAUCUUUGGACAUGUCAACGCUUAAAAUGGAUAAUUCAACAUCCAAGCUUUCAUCACCAUCAUCAGUCAGUGAUGGUCCUACAGUUCAAGGUCACAGACGUUCAACUCAGCCAGAAGCACCAACCAGUACAUUCGAUUCUGCUUCAUCAGAAAAGUCUAAGAAAAUAACGGUUUUUGCCACAUCUUUUAAACCCACAACAUCAUCAUCAAAAAAUGGUCUAGACCUGAUGCUAGUGCUACUCCAUCGAUCAAACUGCGAUUGA